CAAACGCAAACGAAAACGUGGAGAUUAUGAAAAUUUUAAUUCAAGGUUAUUGAAAGAUAUCACAUCCAAAGAUAAAGAUGAUAGCGAAGAGAAAGAUGACGAAUAUGAUGAAAUUACUAACAACGAAAAUUUUCUACCUUUUGACGAAGCA